GGGCAUUCCGCUCUGCACUGGUGCGCAGCCAAGGGCCAUUCCGAGUGCUUGGAGUUCCUGCUGGAGUCCAAGGCUGAUCCAGAUGUGCAGAACAACGGGGGAUCCACUCCCCUCCAUGCAGCUGCGCAGAACGGCCAAGAGUCGUGCGUGCAAGUGCUCCUGAGGUACAAGGCAGACCCGGGGAUAAGAGACAAGGGGGGA